AUGACGUCACCUUUGAACACCGUUGACAUCGAGCGAUUUUGGAAAUUAGAGUCCAUAGGAAUCACGCCGGAAGAGGAGGUGACUUCCGGUCCGAAAGAACUUCAGACAUAUAUGGAUACCUGCAUAUAUUACAAGGAUAACCAAUACAGCUUGAAACUGCCAUGGAAAGAAGACCACCCACUUUUACCAACGAAUUAUGAUGUAGCCGUUAGUCGUACACAGAACAUGAUAAAACGUCUACGAACAGACCCGUACAUGUUCCAGAAAUACGACGAUAUUAUAAAUGAACAGCGAGAACGUGGAUUUAUAGAAACCGUUGACGAAAAUUUAAAGACAGGCCAACCGGUUCACUAUAUUCCACAUCACAGCGUGCGAAAAGAAUCACUGACAACCCCGAUACGAAUAGUUUACGAUUGUAGCUGUCGGAGAUCGUCCAACGAACCCAGCCUAAACGACUGUCUUCAAUCGACUCCACCGAAACUGAACGACCAAACUGGUAUUUUUAUGCGCUUCUGA